UGAGAAAUCAAAUCUUGUUAAACAUCAAAGAAUUCACACAGGGGAGAAGCCUUUUUCAUGCUCAGCAUGUGGAAAAAAAUUUACUUACAGAUCAAGUCUCGUUGAACACGAAAAAUCUCACACAGAUGAGAAGCUAUUUCCAUGUUCAGAAUGUGGGAAAUGUUUUACUAAAACAUCAAAUCUUAAAAUACACCAAAAAACUCACACAGGGGAAAAGCCAUUUUCAUGUUCAGAAUGUGGGAAAUGUUAUACUUGGAAACCAAACCUUAUCAGUCAUCAAAGAACUCACACAGGUUCCUAUAAGGUGUCAGGACGUGGCGGUCUAUUUCUCCAUGGAGGAGUGGGAGUAUGUAGAAGGACACAAGGAUCAGUACAAGGAUCAGGUCAUGAUGGAGGAUCAGCAGCCCCUCACAUCACCAGUCAGAUCCAGUAAGAGAACAGCACCAGAGAGGUGUCCCCGUCCUCUUGAUGAGCAGAAUAUGGAGGAUAUUACUACAAGGAAAGAUCUGAUCUAUAUUAAUGCUCUUGACAUAAAGGAAGAAGAAGAGGAGACAGAAGUGAGCGGUGAUGAGCAGUAUAAGGAGGACAUUACUACAGGAAAAGAUGUCAUCUAUAUUAUUGCUACAGACAUAAAAAAAGAAAAGGAGGCAGAUGUGAGCAGCGAUGAGCAGUAUGUGGAGGACAUUCCUACAGGGAAAGAUCUGAUCUAUAUUAAUGCUCCAGACAUAAAGGAAGAAGAAGAGAUAAAUGUAAGCGGUGAUGAGCAGUAUAGCGAGGACAUUCCUAUAAGGAAAGAUCUGAUCUAUAUUAAUACCACAGACAUACAGAAAGAAGAAGAAGAAGAGACAGACGUGAGCGGUGAUGAUCAGUAUAAGAAGGACAUUUCUACAGGGAAAGAUCUGAUCUAUAUUAAUGCUCCAGACAUAAUAGUAAAAGUAGAAGAAGAGACAGAUGUGAGCGGUGAUGAGCAGUAUAAGGAGGACAUUUCUACAGGUAAUCGCCCAGAUUCUUGUAGCAGGAGAUCAGAGGAGAAUCUUAUAUCUUCAGAUUAUAAAGCAGAUGAUGAUAUCACACAAGAUACAUAUGAAGAACAUUCCAUUAUCCCAGAUACACCCUCAGCCCUUCACAGCCAAGAUCUGUCAUCUCAUCCUUAUAUACAGGUCCUGUCUUCUCACUCAUCACAGGAUGUUCAGCAAAAAAAAAGUAAGAAGGAAUAUAUAUGUCCAGAAUGUGGGAAAUGUUGUGCUCAGAAAUCCGAUCUUUUAAAGCAUCUAAAAGUUCACACAGGAGAGAAGCCGUUUUCGUGUUCAGAAUGUGGGAAACGUUUUACACAUCAAGGCAAUCUUGUUCAACACUUAAGAAUUCACACAGGGGAGAAGCCAUUUGCGUGUUCGAAAUGUGAUAAAUGUUUUUCUGUAAAAUCGUAUCUUGUUAAACAUCAGAGAAGUCACACAGGGGAGAAACGGUUUUCAUGCUCAGAAUGUGGGAAAUGUUUUUCCAUCAAAUCAAAUCUUAUCCAACAUCAAAGAAUUCACACAGGAGAGAAGCCAUUUUCAUGUUCCGAAUGUGAGAAAUGUUUUUCUGAUAAAGCAAAUCUUCUUAAACAUCAAAGAACUCACACAGGGGAGAAACCAUUUCCAUGUCCAGAAUGUGGGAAAUGUUUUACUGAGAAAUCACGUCUUGCUGUACAUCAAAGAACUCACACAGGGGAGAAGCCAUAUUCAUGCUCAGCAUGUGGAAAAAGUUUUACUUACAGAUCAAGUCUCGUUGAUCAUGAAAAAUCUCACACAGUGAAGCAGUACUUUUCAUGUUUAGAAUGUGGGAAAUGUUUCACUAAAAUAUCAAAUCUUAAAAAACACCAAAAAACUCACACAGGGGAGAAGCCAUUUUCAUGUUCAGAAUGUGGGAAAUGUUAUGCUCGGAAACCAAACCUUAUCAGUCAUCUAAGAACUCACACAGGUGAGAAACCAUUUUCAUGCUCAGAAUGUGGGAAAUGUUUUAUUCUGAAAUCAAUUCUUGUUAAACAUCAAAGAAUUCACACAGGGGAGAAGCCAUUUCCAUGUUCAGAAUGUGGGAAAUGUUUUAUUCUGAAAUCAAUUCUUGUUAUACAUCAAAGAACUCACACCGGGCAGAGGCUAUUUUCAUGUUCAGAAUGUGGGAAAUGUUUUACUCGGAAAUCAGCUCUUGUUCAGCAUCAAAGAUUUCACCCAACGUAUAAACUCAAAGAGUAUAUCACAACCGAGAGUGGUAUUGCCCCAACACGUUACCCACAACAUCUCCGACGUGUUUCACCAAAAAGGCUUCGUCUCCUGGAUGUAUGUUGUGUCUGGUUUAUAGUUACAAUGGUCCAGAACAGACCAUUGUUUGAUGAUAUUGAGAGAAGCCGUUUUCGUGUUCAGAAUGUGGGAAAUGUUUUAGGAACAAAUCAAAUCUUGUUCAACAUCAAAAAAACUCACAAAGGGGAGAAGCCAGUUUUGUGUUCAGAAUGUGGGAAACGUUUUACACAUCAAGGCAAUCUUGUUCAACACUUAAGAAUUCACACAGGGGAGAGGCCAUUUGCGUGUUCGAAAUGUGAUAAAUGUUUUUCUGAGAAAUCGUAUCUUUUUAAACAUCAGAGAAGUCACACAGGGGAGAAACCAUUUUCAUGUCCAGAAUGUGGGAAAUGUUUUUCUAUCAAAUCAACUCUUUUUCAACAUCAAAGAACUCAUACAGGAGAGAAGCCAUUUUCAUGUUCAGAACGUGAGAAAUGUUUCUCUGAUAAAGCAAAACUUCUUAAACAUCAAAGACGCUACACAGGGGAGAAACCAUUUCAAUGUCCAGAAUGUGGGAAAUGUUUUACUGAGAGAUCAAAUCUUCUUAAACAUCAAAGACUUCACACAGGGGAGAAACCCUUUUCAUGUUCAGAAUGUGGCAAAUGUUUUCCUAGGAAUGCAGACCUUGUUAAACAUCAAAAAACUCACACAGGGGAGAAACCAUUUCCAUGUCCAGAAUAUGGGAAAUGUUUUACUGAGAGAUCAAAUCUUGUUAAACAUCAAAGAAUUCACACAGGGGAGAAGCCUUUUUCAUGUUCAGAAUGUGGGAAGUGUUUUAUUCUGAAAUCAAUUCUUGUUAUACAUCAAAGAACUCACACAGGGGAGAGGCCAUUUUCAUGUUCAGAAUGUGGAAAAUGUUUUACUCGGAAAUCAGCUCUUCGUCAGCAUCAAAGAUUUCACCCAUGAAAGAAGCCGAUUCAGAGCAAUAAAUGAUGCAGAUAAAACAUCUAUAUAUUAACCAUGUACAUAGGAUAUCUGACAUUUAUACAUAUAUCAUAUACUGCAUCUCCAAACUUGUUACCAAUUGUUAAUAAAAGUUUUCUUUUGAAACCUA